CGGGUACAACAUCAGCCCAUCCUAAUAGACUGAUCUUCCACUCAUAAAGGAGAAAAAAAAGGGGGAAAAAAUGCAAAGCUAGAGCUGUCGACGUCCUUCCAUACUCAGUUAAUCAUCUGCCCACGCGAGGAUGCACCGCUCCGCGCUCUGCAAAAUCAGAGAAAUGUUUCCGCCUGUGUGUCAUUACAGCUUCCCUGACCGGUGGGUGUAGAUGUGGAGAGCCACUGCUUGUUCUUCUUCUUCUUCUUCUUGUUCUCAACUUGUGACCCUUCGCUUCUGUGAUAUUAUCAAGGUGUGAUUUUUCUUUUUUGGAAGCGCACGGUGAUCAUUUCGCGGCCACACGCAGUAUGCGCGCACAGGGGCUGGAGGCUGGCGGAGACCGGGACUGAGUGGCGGAGAUCUGACACACAUUCACACACACUCACACACACACACACACACACACACACACACAGUCACACACUCACACAUACACACACACACACACACACACACAUACACACACCAGUGCGCGUCUUUCUUGGACAACAUCUCUGGGAAAUAACUGGUUUGGAUCUGUUUUGCUUUUGUUUAUCAUUGCGAUGUCAACAAGAAAGACAUCGUUGACGGACAAGCAGACUAAAAACGGAACGUCAAAAUAUGUAUUGGAGAGAUGCGCUUCUAUUAACGAGUAUUAUGAUAUUGCCUUCAAGGUGAUGCUGCUGGGAGACUCAGCUGUGGGGAAGACGUGCGUCUUGGUGCGCUUUAAAGACGGGGCAUUUCUGGGAGGCAACUUUAUAGCCACCGUUGGAAUAGACUUUAGGAAUAAAGUGGUGGAUGUCGACAACCUCAAAGUUAAACUGCAGAUCUGGGAUACAGCUGGCCAAGAGAGAUUCCGCAGCGUAACGCACGCCUACUACAGAGAUGCCCAGGCGUUACUUCUGCUGUAUGAUAUCACCAGCAAGCCGUCGUUUGACAAUAUCAGGGCUUGGCUGACUGAAAUACAUGACUAUGCCCAGAAGGAUGUGGUCAUCAUGUUGCUCGGCAACAAGUCGGACAUGGCUGCAGAGAGGGUUGUGAAGACAGAGGAAGGAGAGAAGCUGGCCAAGGAAUAUGGUGUACCAUUUAUGGAGACCAGUGCAAAGACAGGGGUCAAUGUGGAACUAGCCUUUCAUGCCAUUGCAAAGGAGCUGAAGCACAGAGCGACUCAGCAGCCCAAUGAGCCCAAGUUCCAGAUUCACGACUACAUCGAGUCUCAGAAGCACAAGUCUGGCUGCUGUGGCCUCAUGUAGCUGACGCCGAUCACCAGGCAGAGAGAGACACAAACACAGAAGGAAAGGGAGGGAGGGAGUGGGAAUGAGGUAAAAAAAAAAAAAAAAAAGAAAAAAAAAAAAGUCUGCUCUCUUAUGACAACUAGCCAAUCCCAACUCCAACCCUGAGAUGCAGACGUCCUCCUCUUCCCCGCCAGGCUUUUAGCUGAAUGAAAGUGAAUCUGGAUCGGCUGCCAUCCCUUAUCUGAAAUGUGAAUUUAGAUUUAUGUCACGUGUAAAAAAAUGUUUGUGGUCUUUGUGGUGAAAGUUGUGUCAAACUACAAGACAGAAGCUCCUGUCUAAAAUGCUAUAUCCAUCUGCAGAAACAACACAUUUUCAUUCUGCACUUGAUAAACAUCAGUUUUAUAUGAAGAAUCAAUAUGACUGUUUAUGUGGAUAUAGCAUUUUGCAGUGAAGUUUGUUUUCCAUCCCUGUUUUACCAGGCUGUGAACUGAACCCCUUUUGGCCUUACAGUCCUCACCUUUAUGAAUUUCUCGGUCAGAUUGUAGCUAAAAUGAUCCCGUCUGUUCACAUCUGUACUGCAGUUAGAUAGAAUAAAGCCAACAUUUUGAGGGCGCUCGCCCACUGUGUGUCUGUCUGUAAAUUCAAUUCAGGGCCAAUGAAACUUCACUCAAAGUACUGUACAUGCACCGGAUGGUCAUCUUCAUCGCCGUACCAGACUACAUACUGGACAUGAGAGGGAUUAUGCUCAUGUUUAAAUUGGUUAUAGAUUCGUCAGCAUGCAAUUUGCCUUUUUCUCAUGUGUCGUUCACUCAGAAGAGAUGCACACAGCAACACACAACGCAGCACCCCCGAAACAUUGUUGUGUCUCCUUUAAAGAUGGAUGUUGUUGUCUACACUGUACUGAAGCUGUAUUUGUUCUGGCACCACAUCGUGUAACUUGUUUCUUUGUACAAUGUUCAUUAUGAAUGUUUGCUUGUCGAACUUGCUCAAUGUCACAUUUGUCCCUCCUCUGAGGCUUCACGGUGAUCACAAAGUGCCAUGAAGAAGUGCUUUGUUAUCAUAUUAUAUAUAAAAAAAUAUUUUUUGUAAUGUA